UCCUCCUGCUCUGGGCUUCAUCCCCUGCCUCCUCCUACAAUCCUCAGUUUCUUUUAGUGUCCUCAGAAGGAGACGACACGCUUUUUCAAGUCUUGUGGCUGGAGCACUGAUCAGGGCCUCAGGUCUAAGAUCACGCCACACCCAGGGGCCACUGAAUUAUUCAAGAGCCUCUCCAGCUGUCCUUCAUUGCCCUUUAGCCUUCCCGCUCUCCGGAGGUCUGCAGGCUGGCUCCUCACCCCCUACGCUGCUUUCCCGCUCUACGGAGGUCUGCAUCAGCGAUAUACAUCCACCAGGGUGUAUAACAGUAUAAUAGCUCACAUAUACAUAUAUAUUUCACACCUGUGCAUAUAUAUAUUUAUAUGUGUGUCUCUUAUUCACAGGGGGCGUCAUUUACUGGGCACAACUCAGCUGGCUGACUUCUAGUAGACCACACCUGCCUGGAGAAUUGCCCACAGCCAUACCUCUGCUUCGGCUAGGAGUCGAUUCCCCUGCCUCUUAUUAAAAAAAAAAAAAAAAAAAUUUUUUACACUGUUUAUCUGGUUUUUCCUAUUACUCCUACAGUUUCCAAGGAGGAGCAAUAUGGCUAACAAGACAGAUGAGCCCAGGACCUCCAAGUCCUCAGCUCUAACUCACCCGCAGGUCUCCUUUUUAGCCUGCUCAAAUUGUAAAACAAAAUUUUCUUCAGCCUCGCCUGAAUCAUUGUGUGGGGCCUGCAGAAACUCCGAAUUACCUCCUCUACCUCAGGCUAGUACUUCGGACCCAGAUCUCCUUAGGGCUAUUUCCCUCUCACUUGCAGGCAUCCAACAUUUGGCCCGCAUCCCCGAGACCCUAGACAAGGUACUGGAGCACUUAUCCCAACCUUCUCAUUCUCAACACCGCCCAGGGAAAUCUAAACGCCCAGUCCUUUCACCUCCGGACUCCCCCGGAGAACUUCUUUCUCCAUCUGAAGAGGAAGGUCAAGUCCCGUCAGACGAGGACUCCGAUCAGGAAUUCCCUGAUCCUGACAUAGACACUCCCAGAACUCAAGGGGAAGUGGAAGGCCUUAUUCAAGCAGUACUCAACACGCUAAACAUUGAGGAAGAUUCUCCCUCCAUCGAGCCAGCAAAGAACAUCUUUAAGCGUCACAAGAAAAGCUCAUGCCUUUUCCCUGCAUACGAACAGCUCGACGAAAUCAUCAAGUCCCAAUGGAAAAACCCUGAUCACAGAGUGCAACUUUCCAAACGAUUCACCCAGACAUAUCCUUUUCCUAAGGAAUGCAUUGAUCUCUGGUCUUCACCUCCUGCGGUGGAUCCUCCAGUUUCCAGAUUAUCCAGGAAUACCACCAUCCCUGUUGCCGACGCGGCCGCUUUCAAAGAUCCCAUCGACAAGCGCCUUGAGGGUUUCUGCAAGUCCUCCUUCACCGCCUCGGGCUCGGCCUUCUGGCCCAUCUUUGCUAUCGCCUGGGUGGCUAAGGCCAUGGAGGUCUGGGUGGAACAGGCGGCACAGCUCAUAGGAUCAGAAGAUCCAACUACCGACAACAUCCUUUCCAAGAUAGCAGACGCUACUACCUACAUCGGGGAUGCAGCACUCGACGCGGCAAGGAUGGUGGCUCAAGCUUCAGCCCACUCCAUAGCCGCUCGCAGAUAUUUGUGGCUAAAGUCAUGGUCCGCUGACCUAACCUCCAAACGCUCUCUUGUCAGCAUUCCCUUUCAAGGCAAACUCCUCUUCGGGGCCGAACUGGAUAAAAUCAUUUCUCAAGCGACUGGGGGUAAGAGCACGCUACUUCCCCAAACCAGACCCAAGAGACCCCCCUUCAAAAGGAGACCCUUUUUUCGGCCCUUCAGACAAGGACAAAGGUCGAAGACGCAACCUGAUAAGUCCACCUCCAACUUUCGCUCCCGAUUUCAAGGCAAACAAAGACAACCCUGGUCUUCCUCCAAGCCCACCUCCAAGCCUUCACAAGAUAAACCCCACACCGCAUGAAGGUGUGCCCCCUCCCGAAGGGGUUCCCUUAGGAGGCCGACUCAAAUCCUUUCGAGAGGUUUGGCACAACAAAAUUCGGGACCAGUGGGUCCUUCGGGUGGUUUCCCAAGGACUUUUGAUAGACU